GGCACUGCUUAUCACAGGGCGGCAUCGGCGCUCACCUAAAAGUCCAUAUGCAACUGCAACUUGAUUUUGGGCAGAAUUAUGUGAGGUUUUAUCUGUUGUUGGAGGUACGUCUUUGUCAGUUUCGCUCAGAAAAUGCAGUCUUCGUCAAUCUGCCGCCAUAGACGGCCGCCUGCUGUCUAGUUAUUCAAAAGAGCGGUAGAACCUUGGCAAAACUCCUCCAUCAGUAUGACGCGUUAUUCCAGCGACUACCACCCCGAAGCAACAUGGAAGCCCACAGUGGUGACAAGCGUGGUCUUGAGCAUUUAGACGAAUAUGAACCCAAACCAGCAAAACAUAUGCGUAGCCUGCACGAUCGCAUGGUGGAAAGGCGACUAGUAGUUAUUUUAGAGGGUGCAACGCUGGAAACAGUGAAGGUUGGCAAGACAUUUGAACUGCUGAACUGUGACCAACACAAGGGCAUGAUCAUCAAAAGUGGACGGGACCCAGGGAAGAUUCGACCUGACAUUACACAUCAGUGUUUGUUGAUGCUGAUGGACAGUCCAUUGAACAGGGCAGGUCUCCUACAGGUUUACAUCCACACAGAGAGGAACGCCUUGAUUGAGAUCAACCCACAGACACGCAUCCCCCGAACCUUCAACCGCUUCUGUGGCCUCAUGGUCCAGCUCCUGCACAAGCUGAGUGUGAGGGCGGCUGAUGGCCCCCAGCGCCUGCUGAAGCUCAUCAAGAACCCUGUGUCAGACCACCUGCCCCCUGGCUGCCCCCGUAUUUGUACCUCGUUCUCCUCUGGGGAGGCAGUGGGCGCCCGCACCGUGGUACCAGAGGAGGGGCCCGCCACUGUGGUGGUCGGAGCAUUUGCACACGGAGCGGUGAAUGUGGACUACACAGAGAAGACUGUUUCCAUCAGUAACUACCCUCUCUCUGCUUGUCCUCUCCUGUCUUAGGUGAAUGUGGACUACACAGAGAAGACUGUUUCCAUCAGUAACUACCCUCUCUCUGCUUGUCCUCUCCUGUCUUAGGUGAAUGUGGACUACACAGAGAAGACUGUUUCCAUCAGUAACUACCCUCUCUCUGCUUGUCCUCUCCUGUCUUAGGUGAAUGUGGACUACACAGAGAAGACUGUUUCCAUCAGUAACUACCCUCUCUCUGCUUGUCCUCUCCUGUCUUAGGUGAAUGUGGACUACACAGAGAAGACUGUUUCCAUCAGUAACUACCCUCUCUCUGCUUGUCCUCUCCUGUCUUAGGUGAAUGUGGACUACACAGAGAAGACUGUUUCCAUCAGUAACUACCCUCUCUCUGCUUGUCCUCUCCUGUCUUAGGUGAAUGUGGACUACACAGAGAAGACUGUUUCCAUCAGUAACUACCCUCUCUCUGCUUGUCCUCUCCUGUCUUAGGUGAAUGUGGACUACACAGAGAAGACUGUUUCCAUCAGUA